AUGCUUUUGGUAGACAAGUUCAGCAGGACAAGUAGCUGUGCCCCCAAGGGGUACCGCGGAACUAUGGUGGUACUUCUAUUGGUAUCUGUUAUUAAUGCAACUGUACUUGGAUAUGAUAGUAUGAUGCUUGGAUCUAUUCUUAACUUACCUCUGUAUACAAGCUAUUUCUCAUUAACUCCAGUGACUAUUGGACUAAAUACAUCUGCUAUGUGGAUGGGACAGAUAAUUGCAGCCAUUUUCUUGAAUCAAUUAUUUAUUGACCACCUUGGUAGAAAAACUGCAAUUUUAAGUAGUGUCUUAAUAUCUUUUAUUGGAGUUGCCUUACAAUCAGCGGCGCAAAACAUUGGUAUGUUUGUUGUUGGGAGAAUAUUUUUAGGUUUAGGAUGCAAUAUUGGAGUCUCUUCGGCGGCAUUAUUGGUUGGAGAAAUAGCUCCUGCAAAGUAUAGGGGGUUAUUUUUAGGUCUUGCAUUCACUUCUUUCUAUAUUGGUAGUCUUGUUGCAUCUGGAGUGACAUUCAGUUCAAGAAAUGUGGCUGGUACAUGGGCGUGGAGAAUUCCAUCAAUUGUCCAAGGGGCCGUAAGUGGGCUUGCCGCUUUCAGUAUCUACUUUGUUUCAGAAUCUCCAUAUUGGUUAAUUGCUCACCACAGAAUGGAUGAGGCAAUUCUUGUGAUUCAAAUAUCCCAAGGAAUAAAUUUAGAAGAGGCUACUUCCCUUGGUAAAUACUAUGAGGAGAGAAUUGAGUUGGAUAAAGAUUUAAUUCCAAAACAUCCCUGGAGAGAAUUAUUCCAUGGCUCAGUAAACAUUAGAAGAGUUUUAAUUAUGAUAUCUCAAGCAGCGAUCACUGAAAUGUCAGGUGCUGCAGUUGGUAAUUUUUUCCUCUCUAUUUUGCUUGAUCAAGCAGGUGUUACCAGUACUACACAGAAACUACAAGUUAACAUUGUAAUGAGCGCUUGGGGGUUAAUCUGUGCAGCAUCUGGUUCUUAUAUGUUUGAUUUUCUUGGGAGAAAAAAGCAGUCUUUAAUCUCGAUGGUUGGCAUGAUUUGUUCUCUUUGUAUUUUGGGAGGGCUCAUCAAAGCAUAUGGCCAAAGUACUAAUACCAAGGGAAUGUAUGCCUCAAUUGCAAUGAUAUUCUUUUUUACCGGGUUUUAUUCAUUUACUUACACUCCAUUGACAACUCUCUAUCCAGCAGAAAUCUGGAACUAUAAGCUCCGAAGUGCCGGUGUUGCCUUUUUCAUGGUCUUCAAUUGUGGAUUCGGCUUGAUGAAUAGUUUUGUUUUACCCAUUGCUAUGACUGAAAUCGGCUGGAAGUUCUACAUGAUAAACGCCGGUUAUAACGUAAUAUUCAUUCCAAUAAUUGCAUUCCUUUGGGUUGAAACUAAAGGUAUUCCAUUGGCUGAAGUUGAUGAGUUGUUCUUAAAGUCCUACACUUCUAAGAAGGCCGAGUUGGGUGAUGAAUCAGCAAGUAGUUGA